UUCCGAACGAGCCAAUAAAUCAAGAUGAUGGCAAAGCUAUAAGAAGUUGUCUCCGCGGUCACAAUCAUUCUCAGGCUAUCGAGUUCCCUCGUCAUGCUAUCCACCUUCUUUUUAUCUCUUCUUGCGCUGACCAAUAUUAAUGUAAGCGCCAGCUCGCUUGACGCCCGUUCCAUUGCCGCCCGUUCCACUAAGCCCGUCGUCGCAACUUGGUACGGCGGAUGGCAUGCGACUGAAGGAUUCCCGCUCUCUUCAGUUAGCUGGAACAAGUACAACACGCUGUACUACUCAUUUGCGUGAGCUACCUGUAUUGGCGCAAACACAAAUGGCUUCAGUUGACGCAAUCAUGUUUAUUUCUCUUAGAGAAACAACCCGUGACGUCACUAGUCUGAGCCUGACAGACUCUGAUGGCGAGUUGCUCCCUAAAUUCGUCUCUGAGGCCCAUGCACAUGGUGUCGAGGCCCAUAUUGCUGUCGGAGGCUGGACUGGGAGUAUUUGGUUCUCUUCUAACCUUGCCACUGCCAAAAACCGGACGGCGUUUGUCCGAACUGUGGUAGAUUUUGCUUCAAAGUACGACCUCGAUGGCGUACAAUUCGACUGGGAGUCCCCGAACGAUCAGGGAAUCGGCUGUAACACCAUCAGCGUGAACGACACGGCAAACUUCCUCGCAUUCCUCCAAGAGCUUCGCCAAAACCCAAAAGCGAAAAAGCUCACCCUCUCAGCCGCCGUAGGACUGGGACCCUUCUUCAAUGCUGCUGGACACCCUUUGACAGACGCCACUGGGUUUGCGAAAGUCCUCGAUUACGUCGCAGUGAUGAAUUACGACGUUUGGGGUUCUUGGUUCCCGACUGUGGGGCCUAACGCACCGUUGAAUGACUCCUGCGCCGCAUCCAAACAGGGUUCUGCAGUUUCUGCAGUCAAGGCUUGGACGGACGCAGGGAUGCCAGUCAACCAGAUCGUACUCGGUGUUGCUGCCUACGGUCACUCAUUCAGCGUUCCUCCCUCUGAGGCAUUCGAGUCCCACACGAAGAAGCUGGUUGUAUACCCCGCCUAUAAUGCAUCCAACCAGCCCUUGGGUGAUUCAUGGGAUAACACUGGCUCUGUUGACGUCUGUGGCGUUUAUGAGGCCCAAGGUGGCAUUUUCAAUUUCUGGGGCGUCAUUGACAACGGUUUCCUGACCAAAGAAGGCGUGCCUGCUGAUGGUAUCUACUACAGAUAUGACACUUGCAGUCAGACGGUAAAUAUGUUCUUCCACCCUAAAUGCAGAGCGCUCAUUUCAUUGCUUGUACAGCCGUAUGUGUACAACGAGACCUCACAAGUCAUGAUCUCCUUCGACAACGUCCAAUCGUUUGCUGCCAAGGGCAAAUACAUCAAGGACACCAAGUUGCGCGGUUUCGCGAUGUGGGAGGCGGGCGGCGAUUACAAAGAUAUGCUCCUCGACUCUAUUAUCGAUGCUUCGGGGUGUUCUUAGACCACUACUCACUUUAUUGUCUGGAACUACGGUGCCGGAUCACAUUCGUUGACAUGGAUUACUACGUUCGUUUCAUACUUUAUCGCAAUCACGGUCUUU